CGUUCGUAAGAAGGCGGCUCUAUGUGCGUUCAGAAUAGUCAGGAGGGUUCCUGAGCUCAUGGAAAUGUUCUUGCCUGCCACCAGAAGCAUGCUCUCUGAGAAGAAUCAUGGUGUACUGAUAACUGGAGUAACGCUGAUAACAGAAAUGUGCGUAAACAGUCCAGAUACCCUGAAUCAUUUCAAAAAAAUAGUGCCAAACCUUGUACGGAUACUGAAAAAUCUAAUUUUAGCCGGUUACUCCCCUGAACAUGAUGUGUCUGGUAUUAGUGAUCCAUUUCUACAGGUGAAGAUCUUGAAACUUUUGCGGGUGCUGGGUAUCAACGACGUGGACACAUCAGAAGCAAUGAACGACAUACUUGCCCAAGUGGCGACCAAUACAGAAACUAGCAAAAAUGUCGGCAACACCAUUUUAUAUGAAACUGUCCUAUCUAUAAUGGAUAUCAAAUCAGAGGGUGGUUUAAGGGUAUUGGCGGUAAAUAUUCUUGGUCGAUUCCUAUUGAAUAAUGACAAAAACAUCCGCUACGUGGCGCUGAAUACACUCUUGAGGACUGUACACGUGGAUUCAGCAGCGGUUCAAAGACAUAGGGCUACAGUUUUGGAAUGCCUCAAGGACCCGGAUGUAUCGAUACGUCGUCGAGCAAUGGAACUAUCAUUUGCGUUGAUCAAUUCUCAAAACUUCGGACUAUGACCAAAGAGCUGGUGAAUUUCUUGGAGAAGGCCGAUCCGGAGUUCAAAGCACCUUGCUCUAGUUCUAUAGUACUAGCGACGGAACGCUAUGCUCCUACUAGAAGAUGGCGAUUAGACACAUUGUUGAAAGUUUUGGUCGCGGCUGGAAAUUACAUACGAGAUGACGUCAUCAGUUCGACGAUACAGCUGAUAUCCGAGAGUCCCACUCAUCAAGGCUAUGUGACAUUACAAUUAUACAGGGCGUUGAAAGAAGAUCUUCAAAACAGACAACCUCUGAUACAGGUG